GAGAAAGAAUGGCAUGAUAGUUGGUUUGUUUGUGCUCGCAGGUGACGUCUUAUGUUUAAAAAAUAAUCGCGCAAGCACCUAAAGUUGCAUUUUCCUGUGAAUAUACAGUAAAAUAGAGUGAUUCAGUUGAUUUUUCAGCUAUUAAGUUUUCUAAGUGUUGUGUAGAAGUGAAGAAAAUCUUUGUUAGAAGCAGAUAUUCAGGCAAAACAGAGAAAACAUCUCGGUAAGAGAAUACUGUUGGCCACCACUAAGUUUGGAUAGAAUUCCCAAGAAGAUAGCUGAUACGGGAGUGUUUUAUUGGUAUUUAGUCACCCUCAGUGCUGCUGUCGCAGUUUCUUUAAGACCGAUAGACUGUUAAGAGACAAAGUGAUCUUGUGUGUUCCUAAAAAAAAAGAAUUAAACAGAAUGUUCUCAGUCUUUAGAAACACGUUUGUUCAGAAUCUUCUGAAGAAUAAACUACGUGGUGAGCAUUUGGUAGCUCUCAGGGGUAUAUCCAAAAGCAGUGAAGUCAACAAUUCUGACUAUUUGAAGAAAAAUGAGCCAGAGAAGUCAUCAGAAAGCAAGUCUAGGAAGACAACAAGAACACUAUCAACAAUUCAGUACUCAAUGUCAGGCUCUGCUGCUGUCUCCAAAGAUAAAAGCCGAGAGUUUAUGUCAUAUUUUCCAGAUAUUGUGCGAGAUCUCAAAGAAAAGACAAAAAAGUAUGACACAGUUGGCGUUGGAAAGCACUACGCAAGGGCAUUGCAGUACAAUGUUCCAGGAGGAAAGAAGUAUCGGGGAAUAUCAACGGUGCACGCUUAUGAGUUGAUUGCGCCGAAAACUGCUCUAACGGAGGCUAAUAUUAAAUUAGCUGUGUAUCUUGGAUGGUGUAUUGAGAUGCUGCAGGCGAUGUUUCUAAUUGUCGAUGACGUAAUGGACGGGAGCAUUACCAGAAGGGGGCAACCUUGCUGGUAUAAGCUGGAAGACAUCCAGCUGUCUGCCAUAAAUGAUGGGCUUAUGAUUGAAGCGGGCAUUUACCAGAUUCUGAAGGAGCACUUCAGCCACUUAGACUGCUAUGUGAAGCUCUAUGAGUUAUUCCAUGAAAUGACCUUCAUUACAACUCUUGGGCAGUUUCUGGACACAAAAUCUACGCAUCAGGACGUUCUGAGCUUCUCAAUGGAGCAAUAUAAGUCAAUUGUGGCCAACAAAACUUCCUACUACAGUUUCUAUCUGCCAAUUGCAGCAGCGAUGCAUUUGGCUGGAUACACAGAUCCCGAAGCCUACCGACAGGCUAAGACCAUUCUACUCGAAAUGGGCUAUUUCUUCCAGAUCCAAGACGAUUUUCUCGAUUGUUUCGGUGAUCCGGAAGUAACAGGAAAGAUUGGAACGGACAUUCAGGACAGCAAGUGCACAUGGCUGGCUGUUGUAUGUCUCCAGAGAGCCACGCCUGCCCAGAAGGAAAUUAUGAGGGAGUGCUAUGGAAAGAAUGAUCCAGAAGCCAUUGCAAGGGUCAAGCAACUUUACGAGGAACUGUCUCUGCCCAAUACUUAUGCUAUCUAUGAGGAAGACUCUUACAAUAUGAUCAGGACGCACAUUCAACAAACUUCCAGGGGAAUUCCUGUAGAAGUCUUCCUAAAAAUCAUGGACAAGUUGUAUAGACGAGAAUCCUAAGCGCACAAAAAUGUUGAAAUAAUUUAAAGUUAAAGGAUACUAAAUGAUAUCUUUAUGAUUUCUGGGACAGAAGUGAUUUGUAAGGAAUAAAAGUUGUAAUAUUUUUAUACGAUAUGUAAGGUAAAGUAUCCUCUAUUCGACAGCCUCUCUAUUCGACCACCCUAGGUUCCUCAGGUCGACCAGGCGAAAUAUCUCUUCAAAUUAUUUACAUUUGCAAUAAUAGCCGUACUCACUAUGGCGUUGUUAUCUCGUAAUCUCCGUAAUCUGUUAUCUUGUUAUAAUUUUUCAUUUAUAAAAUACAUUACGAGAACAUAACGAGAUAACGAGAUAACGAUAUUACAAGAUAACAGCGCCAUAGUGAGUACGGCUAAUAUUUGGCGAAUGGUUUAACAUCAUAGGGUCAGUUAUUUCAUAAUUAAUACAAAUCAGUAAAAAUAUCAUAGAAAUUGACCUUAGAACACUAAAAAAGCACUUAAACGAAGCGUUAAAAGUCUUUCUUAAAUAAAAAUUCGCAAUUUUUCAUCAAUUCAUGGCAUUCUUAUUGAUAUUCUUAACUGUUUUCUUAAGGAAUUAUUUCAAUUAUUAUCCUUACAGAUUACUUGAGAAUUCAAAUUUUGAGUCUAAUCGCAAGUUGAGGACUUUAUCUUUAUUCUGUGCAAAAAUUUUAGUUCCACGAUUAAGUUAAACAUUAAAUUUAAAGUCUUAAAAUUCAAAGUGCAUUUCAAAUAUAAUGUUCCUCAAUUCGACCUGUCGACGAAUCAUAGGAAGUGGAGCUUUUUCAGUUAAAUGUUUUACUACUUUUGAAUAAAUUCAUAAAACUGAGUUUUCCUAUUUUAUAUUAAUGAUUGACUUAAUUUUAAGCGUUAUUCAUGAAGUGUUAGAAAGCCAAAGUUAAAUGCAUGACUUUAUAGUUUUGUGGUUUAUUUAAUUUCUUAGAAAAAAUGGGUGGUCGAGUAGAGGAACCCCAGGUGGUCGAGUAAAGGCACUCUGAUAUCAGAGUGGUCGAGUAGAGGAACACAUCGCAUUUUUAAAACAGUUUAAUUUUUUUCUAAUUUAAAAUUAUAUUAUGUCUAAAUGAAGUUCACCAUAAGAUAGAUAAGGAUCUAUUCUAUAGUUUUAGAUAAAACCCUAUCAAAAAAGACAAAUUAUAACUGUUUUUUCAUAAGUUUUUCACAAAAGAUCUCCUUAAGUGGUCGACAUAGGGUCCUUUACCUUAUAAUUUGUCAACUGAAAAAAAUUGUAUUGAUAAAAAAAUGAAAGAAAAAUUUUUCACAGAAACAGA